ACGGCGAAACAUACAAAAGCAGCCGGCUUGGACCUGAGGCCUGAAAUAUCUCACUCAGCAGACACACCUCGAGUGGUAUUCAUUCCCGGUUCCCCACGACGAACUCAUUACAUUGGACCGUAGGUGCUUCUUCUCUAUCUGCAUAUCUUAACACCCCACGUUCAGGCUACCAUGGGUAAUUCGCCUUCGAGUCGUAGGCCAGCAACAUCGAAUACUUCACCCAGUGAUUUCGAUCGAAACUACAAGCUCAAAGCUAGAACUGCUGCUGAAGAGCUUGAAGUGAACAUGAGUCCUCCAGUAGCUACUCCAAGGCACAGGUCUUCGCAGCAUCUCCACGGCCACUCACGGACUAUGCUGAGCCCACCACCAAACUCAAUGUCUGAAAGUUCAUCGCAUCGUAGGGCUCGAUCGGUGAACACUCUAACAUCCAGUUAGUGCUCCUCCUCCGUACUCGGCUGUACC